AUCUCCUGUCAUAUUGUCAAUUAAAGACCAUUUAUGCCUGCAAUAUUCCUUAAAAAAUAUCAAAUGGUUCCAAAAAACAAGGCAUUUGUCAUUCAAACAUUUGUAUACAUUUGUUCAAUGACACCUGGGAUGAGCUGUGUUGGAAGAAUGGAUGGGUGAGCUGUGACUGGAGGGCAGGGAGCAAGCAAUUUUGAAACCCCGGAGUAGCAUAAGUUCCAGAGUGUGGACAAACCUUCUGGGUCUGUAGUGGAGAAUGCGCAGCACUUGGAGAGCAGGUCUCUAAGGAUGACAAGAGUGGGACUGUGGGGCAAAAGUCCAAGAGCCAAGUGGCCAUGACCUUGGCUUUCAACCAUGCCAACAUUACCAGAUGCUGAGAAAAGAAGCCAGAAGACAGGUGAGAGAGGUGGUGAGGGCAAACUUCACCUGCCUGAAGUUUCCCAGGGCACCAUCUAUUGUCUCGAGUGAGGGCGAACCUACGCCAGGUCCUCUCAUUGACCUUUCAUUCCUUCAAGGACAGACCUGUGCCUGCCACCAGACUUCCAAGGGACAAGAACCAAGAUCCUCUUCUGCAAAAACUUCGGGACUGUUUACAGAACUACUGUGCCAGGAGCAAUGGAAGAGGAGUUUAGUAAUAUCAAGAAAUAGGAGAGAAUUCAACCAUGGCCCCAAGGAAGAGAGGUGGACGAGGGAUUUCAUUUAUCUUUUGCUGUUUCCGAAACAAUGACCACCCAGAGAUCACAUAUCGGCUUCGGAAUGACAGCAACUUUGCACUUCAGACCAUGGAGCCAGCACUGCCCAUGCCCCCUGUGGAGGAGCUGGAUGUCAUGUUCAGUGAACUUGUGGAUGAACUUGACCUCACAGACAAACACAGGGAAGCCAUGUUUGCACUUCCAGCGGAGAAAAAGUGGCAGAUAUACUGUAGCAAGAAAAAGGACCAGGAAGAAAACAAGGGAGCAACAAGUUGGCCUGAGUUCUACAUUGAUCAGCUCAAUUCCAUGGCUGCUAGAAAGUCUCUGCUGGCUCUAGAGAAGGAAGAGGAGGAAGAGAGGAGUAAAACCAUUGAGAGUCUAAAGACGGCACUGAGGACAAAGCCCAUGAGGUUUGUAACCAGGUUCAUUGAUUUGGAUGGCCUGUCCUGUAUUCUCAACUUCCUGAAGACGAUGGACUAUGAGACCUCUGAGUCUCGGAUACAUACCUCCCUCAUUGGCUGUAUAAAGGCACUGAUGAACAACUCUCAGGGCCGGGCCCAUGUCCUGGCUCACUCGGAGAGUAUUAAUGUGAUCGCUCAGAGUCUGAGCACAGAGAACAUUAAAACAAAGGUGGCCGUGCUGGAAAUCCUGGGCGCUGUGUGCCUGGUUCCUGGGGGUCACAAGAAAGUUCUGCAGGCAAUGCUGCACUACCAGAAGUAUGCCAGUGAGAGAACCCGCUUCCAGACAUUAAUUAAUGACUUGGACAAAAGCACUGGGCGUUAUCGGGAUGAAGUGAGUCUCAAGACUGCCAUCAUGUCCUUCAUCAAUGCAGUGCUAAGCCAAGGAGCCGGAGUGGAGAGUUUGGAUUUUCGACUCCAUCUUCGUUAUGAAUUUUUGAUGUUAGGAAUUCAACCGGUUAUAGAUAAAUUAAGGGAACAUGAAAAUUCAACAUUAGACAGGCAUCUAGACUUUUUUGAAAUGCUCCGAAAUGAAGAUGAACUAGAAUUUGCCAAAAGAUUUGAGCUGGUCCACAUAGACACAAAAAGUGCCACUCAGAUGUUUGAGCUGACCAGGAAGAGGCUGACUCACAGUGAAGCCUACCCGCACUUCAUGUCCGUUCUGCACCAUUGUCUCCAGAUGCCUUACAAGAGAAGUGGUAACACAGUUCAGUACUGGCUGCUGCUAGACAGAAUCAUACAGCAAAUAGUUAUCCAGAAUGACAAAGGACAGGACCCCGACUCCACACCUUUGGAAAACUUUAAUAUUAAGAACGUCGUAAGAAUGCUGGUUAAUGAAAAUGAAGUCAAGCAGUGGAAAGAACAGGCAGAGAAAAUGAGAAAAGAACACAAUGAGCUGCAGCAGAAGCUGGAGAAGAAGGAGAGAGAGUGUGACGCCAAGACCCAAGAGAAGGAGGAGAUGAUGCAGACCCUGAAUAAGAUGAAAGAGAAGCUCGAAAAGGAGACCACGGAGCACAAGCAAGUCAAGCAGCAGGUGGCAGACCUCACAGCGCAGCUCCACGAGCUCAGCAGGAGGGCUGUCUGUGCUUCAGUCCCAGGAGGACCCUCACCUGGAGCCCCAGGGGGACCCUUUCCUUCCUCUGGGCUUGGAUCUCUUCUCCCUCCCCCACCACCCCCACUUAUUCCAGGUGGAGCCCUUCCCCCUCCACCACCUCCCCUCCCUCCUGGGGGUCCUCCCCCUCCCCCAGGGCCUCCUCCCUUAGGGGGACUCCUGCCACCUCCCGGUGCCCCAGUGAGUCUGACCCUCAAGAAGAAAAACAUUCCCCAGCCCACCAACGCACUCAAGUCCUUCAACUGGUCUAAGCUGCCUGAGAACAAAUUGGAAGGAACAGUAUGGACCGAAAUCGAUGAUACCAAAGUCUUCAAACUUCUAGACCUUGAAGACCUAGAAAGAACUUUCUCUGCCUACCAAAGACAGCAGGAGUUCUUUGUGAACAGUAACUCCAAGCAGAAAGAAGCAGAUGCCAUUGAUGACACACUGAGUUCCAAACUCAAAGUCAAAGAACUGUCAGUGAUUGAUGGUCGGAGAGCUCAGAAUUGCAACAUCCUUCUGUCGAGGUUGAAAUUAUCCAAUGAUGAAAUCAAGCGGGCAAUUCUAACAAUGGAUGAACAGGAGGAUCUGCCCAAGGACAUGCUAGAACAGCUUUUGAAAUUUGUUCCUGAGAAAAGUGACAUUGACCUGCUAGAGGAACAUAAACACGAGCUGGACCGCAUGGCCAAGGCUGAUCGCUUCCUGUUUGAGAUGAGCAGGAUUAAUCAUUACCAGCAAAGACUACAGUCAUUGUACUUCAAAAAGAAGUUCGCAGAGCGUGUGGCGGAAGUGAAACCCAAAGUAGAAGCGAUUCGUUCUGGCUCAGAGGAGGUGUUCAGGAGCAGCGCCCUCAAGCAGCUCCUAGAGGUCGUUUUGGCUUUUGGAAAUUACAUGAAUAAAGGACAGAGAGGCAAUGCAUAUGGAUUCAAGAUCUCCAGCCUCAACAAGAUUGCAGACACAAAAUCCAGUAUUGACAAGAACAUUACCCUUUUGCACUAUCUAAUAACUAUUGUGGAGAAUAAGUACCCCAAGGUCCUCAAUUUAAAUGAAGAAUUGCGGGAUAUUCCUCAAGCCGCGAAAGUCAACAUGACUGAGCUGGACAAAGAGAUAAGCACCUUGAGAAGCGGCCUGAAGGCUGUGGAGAUGGAGCUGGAGUAUCAGAAGUCUCAGCCUCCCCAGCCUGGAGACAAGUUCGUGUCCGUGGUCAGCCAGUUCAUCACUGUGGCUAGCUUUAGCUUCUCGGAUGUUGAAGAUCUUCUGGCAGAAGCUAAGGAGCUGUUCACUAAAGCAGUGAAGCACUUUGGGGAAGAGGCUGGCAAAAUACAGCCAGAUGAAUUCUUUGGGAUUUUUGAUCAGUUUCUUCAAGCCGUGGCAGAAGCGAAACAGGAGAAUGAGAACAUGAGGAAAAGGAAGGAGGAGGAAGAGAGGCGCGCCCGCAUGGAAGCCCAGCUCAAAGAACAGCGGGAAAGGGAGCGGAGGAUGAGAAAGGCCAAGGAGAACAGCGAAGAGAGCGGAGAGUUUGACGACCUGGUCUCGGCUUUACGCUCGGGAGAAGUGUUUGACAAAGACCUUUCCAAACUCAAACGGAACCGCAAACGCAUUUCCAACCAGGUGACGGAUGGUAGCCGGGAGCGACCAAUCACAAAACUGAAUUUUUAAUUAUCUUGCAUCCUUUUCCAGAAAGCGCAGUAGCAGCCCUUUGGCGUGACUAGGACUUUUCUUUACACUGCCUUGCAAUCCAAACAGUGGCAAUUUCUUCUCUCACCUGUGAGUGAAGGUGUGAAUGUGUGUGUGUAAAUGUAUGUGUAUAUAUGUGAAAAUGUAUAUAGAAGUCUGGCUGUUGUCCCGGGACCUAUGUGUAUGCUUAAAAAGUUUAUGUUAAUGUGUGUGCUCAGAGACUCUCUGUGUAUGCAUUCAUAUUGAGUGGGGCUCAUUCUCUUUCCCUGAACACCGAGGCUGUUCAGAAGCACAAUACUCUCUCCUGAAACAGUAAGAGACAUUCCUUAACAUAAAAAAAAAAAAAAAAAAAGGAAAAAAAGAAGAAAACAGGAAGUUAAAAAAAAAAAGGCUUGUCUUGUGAAGUUUUAUGGUUCCCAAGGUUGCUGUAGUGAGACACUUUUCACUGGUAGAAAUGGAGUUGGAAAACACGGAUUUGGAUGAGUUUGGUGGCUGCCGGCGCGACACUCUGCCCGCGUCAGUGACUGACUUGGAAGAACAGCUUCGAGGUCCCGAUGCUGCUGCUGGGGUCCAGUCUACAGAUGUCUGCUGAGAACAUCUUGCACACAUUCAUAUCAUAUAGAGUGUCAAUCACAAUUCUUUUAUAUAGUUAAAACUUGAACACCAGGAUCCCCCCCCCCAAUUUCAUCGAUUUUUUUUCUGCCAAGUGCUCUUGAUGAUUUCUUUCUUCCUUUAUUUCUCUCUCUCUCUCUUUCUUUCUCUCUCUCUCUUUUUCUUUAAAACACGCUUUCUAAAUAAUGCCACCUGCAUCCUGGCUAAAGGCCGGGAUUGCCAGAACCUUUUUGUUGACCUAACAAUGCAGAUAUAUAAACCUGGAAAAUGAAAUUUCCCACCCAAGACUUAGUGGAAUAACUCCCUGAAGAUUCUUAUUAAAGGCCUAUGGGGUGCUUUGGGGUGGCUUCCGUUUCCCGCGUAGGCCGUGCUGCCUGUCUUGGGAUAAAGGACACUCACAGUGGACACAGUGUCAACGGGAUCUCCAGGGAUGCUCAGAUCUAUUUAUCUCAAAGAGUAUUUGAAGCGAUUGCUGUUGCGUGUUGUCAUUUUCAAUUGUGUGUCGGUGACGCUACCUGUACAAUUUCAGUCCAAAAAAAUAAAGCUCUCAGGGAGAAAUGACGAAACAAUGAGCAUUAGAAAAUAAAAUAUAGAUGCUUACCACUGACCUGCCAACUCUCAGUAUCCUUAAAUUAUAUGCUAUGUAAAGAGGACUGUUACUGUUUUGUUUCCUUUGCUUUAUUUAUUUGUACUUGGGUGUGGGGAGGGACUAGUGUUUUCUCUAUGUUUUUCAUCUAUCCUUUUUGGUUGGGUUUCCUGUGGAGAGAGUAGUUUUUCCUAUUGCACUAGAAUAUUAUUUACUCACUAAAUUGAGUUUUUCAGUCAAGUAUCAAAUAUUUAUUAAGCACUUACUAUGUACCAGGCAUAGUAGAGCUGUAGUGGUAAGCAAGACAGAGUCCCUGCCCGCCAAGGAGUUCACAUUUUAACGGGUUUUCAGGGACGAUAGAAUACCAAUGUGCAUAGUAUACAAGGAGUCAUACUAUUUAAAAAUAAUCUGUAUGAACUAUAAUGCUUAGUACAGAUGGCAAGGGACCUGUGCUGUGUAAAAGCUGUGAAACAGUGCUCUAUCAAUUGUCAAGAGCUGUGGUUUUUUUACUUUUUUUCCUUCAUUGCAAACGUAUCGACUUUCUACCCAUUGUAUGGAAGUAAACGGCUCUUCAGUAGAGCAGUCACAGGUACAAAGCAGAGCUGACUCCGAGCCCCGGGCUACAGUCUGCAAACACACCGUGGCCUUGGUGCUGCCGAUGGAGACUUGGCUCGGCCAGCUCGGAGGGGAGGAGUGGGAUGGAGUGAUGGCGUCCGCCGUCCCUGAUUAAGUGCCUCUAUGUAUAUUCUUUUCUAUUUAUAGCAGGAAAAGUUUGGCCCAGCUCAGUUUUGGAACUGUGGAAAGAGACUCACAACAGAGCAAGUCCAUGUAGCAUGUCCCCUUGCCCUUUUAAAAUCAUCCUCACUUUGAUGUAGCCAUCCUGGUAGGCCUCCUUUACCAUUCCCAGUUUUUGUUUAUUUCCUAAAAACUGUGUGCAGGUAAUUCCAUGUGCCAUUGUUACAAACAAACAAACAAACAAAAAAUCUACUUUUAGACUGGUGCUGGUAUAAGUAGCCACUUUGCUCUCUUGAGUAUGUAUUUUAAAGAUUUUUUUUAAUAAUGCCAAAAAGACAAAGCAUUAUAAUUUUUAAACUUAAUUAAAUGUCUCGUAUCUUAUUAGCUUAGUAGUUGGAACCACUUAGUCUGUAGGUGCAAGACUGUUGUUACAGAACCAAGAAAAAAAGAUGUUGUGUGUGUUAUGAGACUGUACAUUUUCUAAAAUAGCAAUAUGCAAUAAAGAUGACUUCAUUGGGUGUA